UGAAGAUGGCAGGCAGCUCCCCUCCUUGGAUUGGCAGCGCUUACCUCUUCCUGCAGUCCACCUGCGAGACCAUCGCUCUGCCGGCUCUCUACGAGAGCUCCCAGAAGAAGCCUCAUGUGUUCAAGGCACUGAAGCUGGCAUUAGCAGACUGCACCGGCAGCACGAAUGGUGUGGACGUGCUCAAAGUGCACUGCAGCCACCCACACCUGAUCGUGCAGCUCAAGUUCUGCCAGCGGGAGAGCUGCCGCCGCUUCCUGCAGAGCUACCGCGACGGAGCCCUCCGCAAGGCCCUCCAGAGCCACCUCCAGCUCUCCUUGGCCGUGACCACAGUGCCUCUUGAAAUGCAGCUGAAGGCUGGCAGUGAGCACCUUGAUGACGUGCUGAAGGAUGAGGAUCACUGCCUGGAGUGCAUCUACAGGGAAAAGCCUGACCGCCUGCGGGAUGAGGAGAUCACAGAGCUGGAGGAAUCCCUCAAGAGCCUGACUGUUCACCAGAGCAUCAACAACAACGUAGCUGUAAAAGACUGCACCCCUCUGAGCCCCCCAUCUCUACCUCCUUCUUCUCAAGGCAGCUCCCUUUCCCCACAAGUCACCUUCGUCUUUCAGGGACAAGUAUUUGCCAACAGACCCCUCCUGCCAGAUGACCACCAGAAGUUUGCCAAGCUGGUGUCCAAGAAGUGGAAGCAGGUGGCUCGCUCUCUGCAGAGGAGCUGCCGGGCGCUGCGUGACCCUGCCAUCGAUAACCUGGCCCUGGAGUACGACCGCGAGGGACUCUAUGAACAGGCCUACCAGAUGCUCCUCAGGUUCAUCCAGUCAGAGGGCAAGAAGGCCACAAUAGCACGGCUGAUCUCAGCCCUGGAAGAAAACGGUCUCAUCAGCUUGGCUGAGGAGCUCCUGGGCCUCCACUCCACUGAGGACUGCUCCUAGAGCCCAAAGGGCAGCGGCGUUGCCGAGGGCUCUCUCGCUUUAGCCAGUGCAUGGGACUGCUGCCAGUGUCCUGAAAACCACCACAGGCUUCUGUGCAGGUGGGAAUGCCCAGGGGAGAGGUUCUGUGCCCAGGGGAGAGGUUCCUUAUUUCAUUCUGUUUCUACCUUAGCCUCCUGUGAACUGCUGAGAGAGGCUUUCAGCCUGGCUUCCUUUGGGACUCAGCUGUCACAGGGAAGCAAGCAGCUAGCUGGAGUGCCCCAGGGGGAGAGGAGAAGAAUAAGGAUGGCACCUCAGAGAAUGUCUCUGGGAAACAGACAAGGGCACUGUUUCUCAGGCUGUGGCCCAGGGCCACCUACUGCAAGGUGGGGUUUUUUAUAUUGAAGACAUUUAUGCCUGAGGCAUGACACCAAGCAAAACCAGAGGGGAAGUCAAGGAAAAGUCACUUUUAUACUCUUUCUCUUUGUUCUUCAAGUGAGGAACAUCUGUGGCAAGGGCCUCUGUCCUGCUCUACUCUAGCAGAGCUCCUGCCCACCUCUCACCACCUGAAGGUUUCCCUUUUA